GUAUUAUGCUGGCUGGGCAGACAAAUGGGAGGGUAAAACCAUUCCGAUUGAUGGCAAUUACUUCUGCUACACAAGACAUGAGCCCAUUGGAGUCUGUGGGCAAAUUAUUCCUUGGAAUUUCCCUCUAUUGAUGCAGGCUUGGAAGCUGGGUCCGGCUCUGGCCACUGGAAACACAGUGGUGAUGAAGGUGGCGGAGCAGACGCCGCUCACCGCAUUGUAUAUCGCCAGUUUGAUCAAAGAGGUUGGUUUUCCUGCUGGCGUUGUCAACAUUGUCCCAGGGUUUGGUCCCACAGCAGGAGCAGCCAUUGCUUCUCACAUGGAUGUGGACAAAGUAGCUUUCACCGGCUCCACUGAUGUCGGUCACCUGAUCCAGCGAGCCUCGAGUGCCAGUAAUCUGAAAAAAGUCACACUGGAGCUCGGAGGAAAGAGUCCAAACAUCAUCCUGUCAGAUGCUAACAUGGAAGAAGCAGUGGAGCAGUCCCAUAUCGCCCUGUUCUUCAACCAAGGCCAGUGCUGUUGCGCAGGCACUCGCACUUUUGUACAGGAGAGCAUCUACGAUGAGUUUGUGGAGCGAAGUGUGGAGAGAGCCAAGAAUAGGAUUGUGGGAGAUCCAUUUGACUUAAACACGGAGCAGGGCCCGCAGGUGAAUGAGGAUCAGUUUAAGAAGGUUCUGGGCUACAUCAGCAGCGGGAAGCGUGAAGGAGCCAAGCUGAUGUGUGGAGGAGCUCCAGCCGCCGAGCGCGGAUACUUCAUCCAGCCCACAGUCUUCGGAGACGUCAAGGACGACAUGACAAUCGCUCGCGAAGAGAUCUUCGGGCCUGUUAUGCAAAUUCUGAAGUUCAAAUCUUUGGAGGAAGUGAUUGAGAGAGCCAACGACAGCAAAUAUGGCCUCGCGGGUGCUGUUUUCACCCAAGACAUCGACAAGGCCAAUUACAUUUCCCAUGGCCUGCGUGCUGGGACUGUGUGGAUUAACUGCUAUAACGUGUUCGGAGUUCAGGCUCCGUUUGGAGGCUACAAAGCGUCAGGAAUUGGCCGUGAGAUGGGCGAGUAUGGACUGGAGAACUACACUGAGGUCAAAACGGUGACCAUUAAAGUUCCUGAGAAGAACUCCUAAAUGGAGGACGCUUCAUGAAUGUAAAGAAGCAGCCGAAUGAUCAAGAGUUUUCCCGAGCGUUAUUGAAAUGAACAUUCAUUUUUGUGAUCAUGGAGAAUUGAGAGUAAAAAUAAAAAUAUUUGAUGAAUAAACUGUUUUGUAAAAGCAAAUAACGUCGCAGGUUGAUCAUAUGUUGAUGUUUUAUGGGAACCAUCGACCCAAAAUAAGGAGAGAAAAUCUAUAUUUGGCUGAUUUCAUUGUUUAAUUCAAACUUUAUAUAUGGACUGCAUUACCACAGUUUUUUGCGUGUCUGAGCUGAUUUAUGUAAUAAAUGCUUAUUUUUAAAA